GUUGUCAGCAACCAAUUAUAAUUACACGGACGCCUGCGUAUAGCUGUGUCCGUCUGGAUCUUUUACUCCGCCCAAUCGCAUACCACUCUCCCCGGGUCAUUUCUCUCUAGUCCGAGUCGUCCUGCUACAAUGGCUUCCGAAGCAGUCGCAGUCGACGUCAAUGGUGGCACCAAGUCCCGAGCCGCUAUGUUGGAGGAGCAGCACGCUCGCGAUGAGGCACACAAAGUGACCGUGGAGGAUGUGGUGGAUGAGGAAGAUCUCAAGCACCCUCCCCCAUCGGCCGCAGCUGAGACUUCCGACUCCGCUGCUUCUUCCCAAGCUCCCACUCCUGCCAUCCCCAAGGCUGCUCCUAAGAAAUCUCCCGCUUUCGACGUGCAGUCCGAGGAAUUGUUCCCCGCUCUUGGAAGUGGACCGAAGCCCAAGACUCCCGCUGUCUCGGCCUGGGGUGCCCGCGGUCCUUCCGCCGCGGCUGUCGCCAACGGCGCCAGUGGUGCACAAGCAGCCUUCGACGUCCCGAGGAUCAUGAGUCUGCCCGGAAAGCACAUGGAGCAGCUUCGGCUAGCACCUUCGCAGAUGCUCCCCCGCGGACAAAUGAAGAAGCCCCUGCGCGACAUUCUGCGCGACAUUUCCCGGCGUUCCAAGGCCAAUGUUGAUAUGCGCGGAGGACCUGGAGGCUCCAUCAUCUUCGAGGGUAAAGGCUCCGCAGAGGCUGUCAGACAGGCGCUGAAGGAGGUUGCUCAGCAAGUUGGGUCGAAGCAAUCCGUCCGCGUUCCCAUCCCCACUUCCGCCCGCCCUCAUAUCAUCGGUCGUCAAGGAGCUGUUGUCCAGGAUCUUCAGCAACGCACAGGAGCGCGUGUCCAGGUUCCGCGUGCAGACGACUCUGCUCCUAGCGAGGAUUUCGACGACGAUGACACCAUUGAUGUGUUGAUCGAGGGUGACGCUGUUGCCGCAGAAAUGGCUCGUCGUGAAAUUGAGGCCAUCGUUCGGGAGAGAGCCUCGAACAUGAGCUUGCGCCUGAAGACCAUUCCGCCCGAGUUCUUCCCCUUCAUCGCGGGUGCUUACAAUGCGCAGCUCAAGGAGAUCGAGGAGCGCACUAAGGCACAAGUCCACAUUCCGCGGUACGACACCUGGCAGAGCCAGCCUCCCCCCCAGGAGGCCGACCCGGGUCAUGUUCGAUUCGCUCCUGUUCCCGAUCGACACAUUCACAUCUCUGGUGAGCGCACUGCGGCCCAGGAGGCUCGUGCUGAGAUUGAGAGACUCGCUGCCGAGCUGCAGCGUCAGCUGACUCUGCGCCAACUCGCCAUCAACCGCGGCCAGCAUCAAUUCAUCCUCGGUGACAAUGCUGAUGCUCUGCAUGAGUUCCUUGCCGAUACGGGUUGCGCCAUUGUCCUGCCUCCUGACUCCGAUGACAGCGAGUUCCUUGCCAUUACGGGACCUGUCGACUGCAUCGAGAACGGUAUCAACCGGGCCAUGGAUCUCGCGACCAGCAUGCAGAUGGCAAGCAUUGACCUCUCCCGCCAACACCCUAAUGCGCCUGCUGGAUCCCACGCCCACGCCCGUGCCCUGACUCGCUAUCUUAGACAACGCCAGAUCAUCAAGGAGCUGGAGAAUCUGUACGAUGCUCGCAUUGCGCUGCCACCCAGUUCUGAUGGUCCGGUUACUUGGGAAGUGUACUCUCGAGACGGCAAGAACACCAUCCGUGCGCGCUCCGACAUCAUGAACCUCGUUCAAGCGCACCCCCCGACGAGAAUUCGCGCCGUCAACGUUGAUCCUUACUACCACCCGUACUUGGAGUCUCGCACUAUCCCUAAGCUUCAGAGCGACUAUGGUGUCCACCUCCUGGUGCCCGAGGACAUUGAUAGCUCAGAUGUGUUCAUGGUUUACGAGGGUCCUUCUGCUAACGCUGGCCACUUCGAGAUCCCGAGACAAAGACCCUCUCCCGCAGAAAUCGCCACCUUCGAGAAGGUCCUUCAGGAAGCUCAGGAUUACCUUUUGAGCGCUCUCGGUGACCAGAAGGAGGUCGUCACCAAAACCGUAAACGUUCCGGGCAAGUACCAGGACAAGGUUCGCAAGUUCAUCGCUCGCGAACAGCAAUCUAAAAGCGAGGAUGAGAUCCCUGUUCGUGCCAUUGUUGGUGAUGGAUCUAGCCAGAAAGAGGCCGAGGUUGCUCUUCGUGGCCCCUCCAGCCUCGUCGACGAUCUGGUCUCCAAGAUUCAGGCGUUUGUUGUUGAGCAGGAAAAAGAUGAUCUUGAGAGAGGAUACACCACGACGUUCGACUUUCCCCAGAAGUUUGCUAACUUCCUCAUUGGCAAGAAGGGUGAGAACAUUAACAAACUCCGUGAGGAAUUCGAUGUGGACAUCAAGGUCGAGAACGGCAAGGUUGAAGUCAAGGGACCCAAGGCCAAGGCUGAUGCCGCCAAGACCCGAAUUAUCAACCUCGGAAAGAAGUUGGAGGAUGAGACGACUCACACUUUGAAGAUUCCCGCCCAGUAUCACCGUGAGCUCAUUGGGCAGAAGGGUAGCCAGGUCAAUAGACUUCAGGACCGUUACUCCGUCCGUGUCCAGUUCCCCCGAGCUGCCACUGACGACCAGGAUACCUCCAGCGAAGCUGGUGGCUCGCGCCCGAACCGGUCUCAGCAGGCUGCGGACGAGGUCAUCAUCAAGGGUCCUAGCAAGGGGGCUGAUGCGGCACGCGACGAGAUCUUAAGCUUGUUGCAGUGGGUUGUCGACCACUCCCACACCGCGACAGUGUCCGUAGCGCAGGCCCAGAUUCCCUCCUUGAUUGGACAGCGCGGUCGCGAGAUGGACAAGCUCCGCGCCGACACCGGUGCCCAGAUUGACGUCCCGGGCGUCAACGAUGCGCCGGACGAGUCGGGCCGCGUGCAGAUUAAGAUCCGGGGUACCAAGCAGCAGGUCGAAGAAGCCAAGAAGACCCUGCUUCAACGAUCUGGCGAGUUCGAUUCCAUCGUCACCAAGACCAUCGAUGUGGACAAGAAGUACCACAAGUCCCUCAUCGGCAGUGGAGGUGCCAAUAUCCGUAAGAUUGUUGCUGACGCUGGCGGCCCCACCGAUGGAAGUGCUUCUCGUCUCGUUAAGUUCCCCCGUCCCGACAGCGCCGAGUCUACUAUCAAGCUGGAAGGAAACGAGCAGGUCGUCGACAAGAUCAUUGCCGCCAUCGAAGAGUUUGUGAAGGAGCGUGCGGAUCAGGUGACUGUCACUCUGGAUGUUCCCACCAUUCAGCACCGUCUCCUUAUUGGCCGUGGUGGUGAUACCAGACGCAACAUCGAGUCCAAGUUUAACAUCACUCUGGACAUUCCCAAGCAGGGCUCUGGUCGCACUGAGAUCAAGCUUAAGGGACCCAGCCAAGCCGUUGCCGAGGCCAAGGAGCACAUCAGCGGGAUGCUCAAGGACCAGCAGGGUGAGACCGUUGAGGUGCCCCGCCACCUUCAUCAUGUGAUUGCCGACAAUGGCUCGUUCUUCCGCCGCCUUCGGAACGAUUACCGUGUCACCGUCGAUCACGCUGGCCAGCAGGUGCCUGCCAAGCCUGCCUCGGAGGACUCUCGGGGCGAGGUCAACGGCGCCUCGUCGCUGCCCCUGAUCACGGAUGAGCCCACCGAUGCCGCUGAGGUCCACUCGUGGAAGGUUGUCGACAACAGCCCCGCGCCCGCCGAUCCCUCGGAACCCACGACCAUCCCGUGGGUGCUCGCCGGUACCAGCGACAACGUCGCUAAGGCCAAGUCGGCUCUGGAGAAGGCCAUUGCCAACGCCUCGCAGCAGUCAGCGACUGGUUACCUGAUCCUGCCCGAUCCCAGAACCUACCGGUUCGUGGUGGGUCAGGGUGGCAGCCAGAUCAACGCGAUCCGCAAGCAAACGGGAUGCCGGAUCAACGUGCCCAAGGGCCAGGCCAAGGGCGAGGCGAUCGAGAUCAAGGGCAGCAAGGAAGGUCUGGAAGAAGCCAAGGACAUGAUCCUGGAGGCUGUCCGUGCCGGCACUAGCGGUAACUCGCGGUAGACGAGGCAAGAAUCGGCGCCCUCUGAACGUGGACAGGUUUUGGAAAUAAUUCUACUCAUCCAUCCGAUUUCUAUCACGAUCCGGCCCCC